GGUGUGUUCAGACAGGAGUUCCAGUCUGUAGUGGUCAGAGAGGAGAAACAGCUGCUGAAGCAAAAUGUCUUCUGUUCCUGACGGAAAGAAACUCGUCCGGAGCCCCAGCGGCCUUCGCAUGGUGCCGGAGAACGGCGCCUUUAACUGCCCCUUCUCCCUGGACGAGCCGCAGUGGGUCCCGGAUAAAGAGUGCCCGAGAUGUAUGCAGUGUGACACCAAGUUCGACUUCAUCAGAAGAAAGCAUCACUGUCGGCGGUGCGGCCGGUGUUUCUGCGAUAAAUGCUGCAGUAAGAAGGUGACGCUGCCUCGCAUGUGCUUCGUCGAUCCGGUGCGGCAGUGCGCCGAGUGCAGCCUGGUCUCCCAGAAAGAGAUGGAGUUCUACGACAAGCAGCUGAAAGUGCUUCUGGGAGGUGGCACCUUUGUUGUCACGUUGGGAACGUCGGAGAAGUCUGAAACCAUGACGUGUCGCCUCUCCAACAACCACAGGUAUCUGUUCCUCGACGGUGAAAGUCACUUCGAGGUGGAGUUGUCUCGGAUCUCCAGCAUGCAGAUUCUGACAGACGGCACGAGUCCAGGAGAGAAUGACAUUCACACUUACACCAGUCUGCUGGACAGUCACUAUAUCUCUGAAGGAGGGAUGUCGCGGGCCAGCGGCAUGCUGCUGCACUACAAGCCAAUGGGCUGCCAGGACGCCCAGCAGCUCCGCUUAGAGGCAGCAGAUGACAAGAAGGUGGCCUCGUUAUGGCUGGCUGCAAUGCACAAGGCGGCCAAACUGCUGUAUGAAGCUCGGGACCAGUGACGAGCAGGCAGCCUGCAAGACUGAACCUCCAGGCAGCACACACCCAAGUGUUUUGUACCCCGUCUUGCUGGGGUUUGGUAUCGUUUGGAUUUCUAUUAACGCCAGUUCUGCUUAUCCGUCUGAUUCAUCAUCGGUUCUUAAUAACAGUUCUUAUCAUGGUAAUUUCUGCAAGGAAUGUUUAUAUAAAAAAUUAUUACCUCUAUAACCAGUUCUUGUUUACCCCAAGUGGGCUGAUUGUUCUUCUUCUUCUUUUUACAUCUCAGAGUUCUUUAAUCCUCUUUGAUUUAACACAUAAAUCAGGGCACGUUAAUGUUUGUACAUGAAAAUGGAGCCAACUGAGCAGAGAGACACAACACAAGCUUUCCAACACAAGUCAGGAUCCGUUCAUUUGGAGGAAGCUUCUACCUUUAAUUCCUGUUCUUUUUCUUUCUCAGAACUGGACAUGUUUUUGUUUGUGCAAUACUCAGUCUGUUUGGACAUCAUACCUUUUCAUUAACCAUUUUUCAUAACUUCCGAGAUGCAGUAAAACUUCAGAUGGAGGCGCAGUUGUUUCAAAGCAGCACAAUAAUUUUAUAUGCUGCUGGUAGAUUUAGCUUGUGUCAUUGAGGAUUUUAUUUCCUGGACGUAUGGUGAUAUUAUUUUUGAUAACUCUCCUGAUGUCAGCCAAACACAAAGUAGGGACUGAAUGUCUCGCUCAAGGGAUCAGCUGAUGGUAAAAAGCAUUAUCUCACAGGACAAAUCCAACUUAAAAACCCUUUAACGCAGAUCUGCGUGAGACGUACUUUGCAUUUCAGGACCCGCUUUGUUUAAGUUAAUUGCAGAAGAUGUCUCGGGACUCUUUUGCUCUUUUGUUUAGGACACUAUGUGUGUAACAGCUCCCCUCAGCUUUACACAGCUUUAUAGUGAGUUUCAGCUCAUUGUUUAUCUCUCCAGGCACAACUUUAGUGUUCUGGUUCUCUCUCAGCGCCCUCAUAGCAUGCCGUACACUACCUGCUCAGCAGCAAACAGCAGACAGACACAGUUAGAGACCAGCUGGUGAACAGAGUGGAGCGUUUAGCAGCUAAAGAGCCAGAUAUUUCCCUAGAGAUCAAAACACAACUAAUAGAGACUCCAAAUGAAUGAUUAUGUUGCUCUGUAACUGCUGGAGGUGUAAGCAACUCUUUGCUAACAAGUUCAACUUAAAGGUGAUGAUACGUCAGUGUUGGUUAAAACUUGUUUCUGCUGCCCCCAUGUGGCCAAAAGAAAUCAGUUUAUGGAGGUUUAAAUAUAAAUUUUAACUAAACUGCUAAUAAAGAAACACAUUUAUAUACAUUCACAAGUGAAUUUCACACUUCAGAGAUGCAAGCUACUCUGGCAACACUUUACUAGAGCGGAGAAAAGAGCAGUGAGUUGGACACUGAUUUCUUCUCCAGCAGUCACAACAGAGCUGAAUCUGCUGGAAAUUUGCCGUUAAAUAUUACCAGAAAAUGACGAGUGUUUUUGUGUUGGUCUCUUAAAAUCAAGAGCGAGGGCUUCUUCCUGUUUUUUUAAUUAAACUUUCAACUCUCGUACGAGGGUAAAAUGAUCAGUGCAGAGCACAGAUGGCACUUUAUACACAAGCAGGAGCAGCAAAUGGAUCAGAAUGCAGUGGGAAAUGAGCAGGAGUGAAUUUGAUUCUGGGAAAUGUAGGAUUCUCUAACUGAAGCAGAAGAAAGAAAAGAGGCAGGUUGAGGAGACAGAAUAAUUCCUGAAAUGCAAAGAACAUCGCAAGUUUAUUCACAACUGAAACACAAUUGUUGGAUUUCUUACUUUAGGAGACUUGCUGUCAUGACGGUUGAGUUUCAGAGUAACGUAGAUGAAAGUUCAGGUGACGUGUUUGUGUUUCUUCUCUGUAACUUGAUCUCUUAAUGCUCUCUGCUACAAGUAUCUACAGAUUUAAAUCUUUAGGCCUCGGCGUCUAAGGAAACUACGGACUAUUCACUGAUUCUAGUGAAGCAUAAACACACAUAAAUGCUUUAAAUGUAGUUUCAUGUAUUGACUUUUUGUAUAAUAUAUUUUGUUAACUAUUCCUACUUUAACACAAGGCGUGUACGUACUUUAUAAUUUUCAAAGCUGAAGUAUGACCAUAGGUUUUGUAACAUUUGUAAAUUCCUUUUGUCCUAAUUGUCCAGAGCCACAACCAGGAUGUGAAAUCACCACCGACCAAGAGCUGUUCAGUUCUGGUUGAGCCGGUGGGUUUGUUGGUUUGGUAGUUAGUUGUACUUCCGAGGACCUUUUUCUAAACAAGAAUGUAGUUUUGACUGCGAUGGUGAAAGCCGCGACACGUUCUCAUCCCAGGUUGUCAAUGACCGACGGCGCUUUGUCACAUUAAUGUGGUAAACGUGAAAACGGAUGCAGUUUGGUGUAGCAAAAGGUUGCGUUAAAAGAAGCACAUCCUGUUAUGUAGACCUACGUUUUGUGAAGUAACAUCACGUAACUUCAUAUUUUAAAUAAGUCAGAGUUGACUUUUGGUUUCAUGCGGUAGGGGAGAGCGGGGUGACUUGAGCCUGUGAGGAAGUUGAGUCACCCCUAUGGCUUCUCGGCAGCCAUAGAAAAAAUUGGUCAUGUUACCACACAUUUUUGAAGAGUCAUCCAUUUUACUCAUCCUGCGAUGGAGAGAAGCCUAUGGAAUAAGUGAUGAGCACAUUUAAGAUCAAAAAACAGUUUUUUUUGCCGUUCAAAGUGAUUUUUUUAUGUUCAAGGAGUCGUGAUUGUUGUGUGAAAAUCUUAUGCAUGUGUUAGUCUUUUAGGAAAUUACAAUAUGAGGCUAAACUGUUAGCAUGAGGUUACUCUUAAAAUGCUGGAUGACACAAUUUUGUUAAAAUGGCAAAGACCUGGGGGAAGUUGAACCAACUAUUUUGAUGUAAUUUUACGUUGCAUUCUUAUGCAUCACCAAAAUGAUGUGACAUUAUGUAUUUUAGACCAGAAACCAUCAUGUCAUGCUUCUAUAAAUGGAAGACAGACAGGCUUCAACUCCUGUUGUGGGUUUGGACCGAGCAGUGGGAGAGGUACAAAAACGGGAAGUAUGAUAAACAGGAUGACUUUAAAGCGAUACAUUGAUAUGAAACAACUCGGAGACAUAGCUGCAAUGCUUCACUAUCUAAGUGCAAUUGAAUGUUUUGACCUGGCGUUUGAGUUUGCACGAUGACAUCGAUGUCCGCGACCCCCAUGUGGCUCAACUUACCCCUUAUGUGGGGCAAGAGUCCACUUUUUUUUUUGAAAAGCCAGAUUUUGAAAACAGUUUAUUUUAGAUCCAAAGUGAUUAUUCCCAGGGACGCACCACAUCCUAAAAUAUAUGUACAUAUUUUAGUUGGAGACAUUACUGUCAAAAACGGGCUCAACUCACCCCGCUCUCCUCUACACGGCGAAAGUCCUGUGUUUGUUUGACCCAUCCAUCCACCUGGACCUUCUCCAUACGCUGACUUUCUUGCCUUUUAUACGUCACCUGACUUUAGUUGAAAGCCUGGUGGGCGAGGGGCGUGACAAAACAUUGGUAUUUGACAACCUCAGGAUUGAGAACGACAUUGUGACAUAGCAAGAUUUACUCCCUGAUGUUGUUACAGCGCCCACAAAUGCCAACUUUUCCUUCAAGCUCCCUCUUUAAAGGUGCAGUAAGCGAUUCUGUUAUGUUGCUGCAAAGCUAACAUGAAGCUCACAUGCGGAGAGGAUGAGAUAGUCUUACUGUGCAUUCAGACCAAACGUGAAUUUAACCCUCGCGGGGGUUUUAUCGCUGGACUACUACCAACACAACGCGAUUACUACAGCUGUAUGAACCCAAAAUAAACACUUUGCUGUGAUUUAAUAGCAAUAAACGGAUCAAACUGAUGCCGAAAUAACUAAAACGUGAUGCAGAUUUGAUAAACAUAUGAAUUCAUGCUUUGUCAGGUCUGUCAGCAGGACAGCAACUUUUAAAAUGUGUUUCUUUCUGAAUGGAGUUUGGAUCGAUCCGGGCUAUGCUAUGCUAAGCUAAGUUGUUCACAGUAACAACACUGAAAGCAGACAUUGAAACAACUCUCCUGGUACUAUAGCAACAUCACAACAACAGCAUGUCUGGGUGAACGAGAGAGUAAGCUGAAGGUGACAAAUUAUGGCUGGAAUUGUUGGAGUAGCGUUGUGUGACUCGGUUUCCCAUUUACAGUUUUAAGUUUUCACACGCAGAACAAACAACUAGCGGACUGUUUUUCAGAUUAGAAUCGCUUACUCCACCUCUAAGUUUUGAAACUCACACCUGUUUUGAGUUGGAAGAAAAGUUUAGGGGACUCGGGGCGCUGGAUCACGUUUAUAAUCUUGAAAAUACACUUUAGCUUCAGCAUAUGAGGUUUGUGCAUUUUUAAGCGUGAAUUUAAGAUUGUGAAAACUGUAAACUUUAGUGUUGUUACACAGAAAUCUUAACUCGGCGUCCUCUUACUAGCUUUUUAUCUGGAGCUUUCAAACUCACCUCACGGUCUUUGUUUGCUUUCACAUGACAUAAGUGUGGAGUACCAACAACUGAGCAAACUCCAUCUGCUGAGGAAGACCAUGAUAUGUGGAUGAAAGCUCUAGAAAAAGCUGCUAAAUGGACCUUGAGAUAUGAACUUUUUUGGAAUAAACACUGCAUGUAUGAGCUUAAAUCUGUCAAAACACCUGAAGAAACACAUGAAUUAUAAAUGCACGGUUGCGUUUCAGCUGCUAACAUUUAUCAAAGAUUACCAAGUAUCAUUGGCUUCACAGAAAUUAGCUUUUUUAAAACCCUGCUGGCGUCUGUGUGUCUUCCCUGUUUUUCUAAGCUUGAAGAAAGAACUUGAAGCGGUGUAAUGGAGCGCAGAACUGGCUGAUUGUUGGGUUUGUUGGCCUUUUUGUACCUUUGUGUCAAACCCAGUGAAAACAACAUUCACCACCUCCACUUUGUGACAUAAAGUUUAUUUUUAUAUGCUGCUCACCUAAGAAUUAAAAUCACACGUCGUGGUCGUUUUGGUUCGAGGCUUUCAGAACGGAGACGGAGGAAGAAGAUGGUGAGGUUUCGUGUAAAAAGGCGUCUCUGUGGUCGCUCUUGAUGUUGUUAAUACUGUUCACAAGGUUUUCCAGUUACACACCAACAAUGCUGUUCUUCCAUUAUACAAAUGUUUGUUAUGAAGAUACAUGUGAGGGCUGCACAGUUACGAACAACAGUGAUCAUAUUUAUUAUUUUGCUUAUUUCUUAAUUGGAGACUAAAACCUUUAUCUUUAAUUCCUCCGUUGUUUUUUGGCUGCCAACUGUAAAUCUAAGUAUCUGAAUUAGACGGUGAUGUUGGUAAAUUGGAAAGUUUGCCUUUUUUUUUAUCUCAAAAACACAAUUACAAAAUGCAUUAGUCACAUUUUACUUUCAUUUGAAAUGUUGCUGGUACGGGAGUGGCUGUAAUCACAAUAAAAACAUCUUAAUCAUCCUUGAAAUGAAGUCUAUAUGAUCACACUGCGGGAUUCUCUGUGCAGCCCUCUCAGACUGUCCUCGGUGAACGAUGAGUUGUUGUUGCACGUUUGCAGUACGUGUUACGUCACCGAGUCGUGACUCAGCCAGUGUUUGUACCUGCACUUUAUGUCCACCCUGAUUACAAACCUUUUUAUCCCACCGCUUCAUUUAUUACGCUGAAAACGCUCUACUACACCCUUUGUUGGAUUAUUCUGUUAAGAAUAAAAUCAAGUGUUUAUACA